CCGCCGACAUUCUGGGCCCACGUGGCAGCGAGCGGGCCGGCUGUCCGGCAGAAUCAAAGCUCACCUCGCCGCCGCCGUGCUCGCCGGAUUCCAAUUUCCAGCCGGAAGCCGCUAUGGCCGACCGCUUCUUCCCCAACGACAUGCCCGGGUACGUCGAGGAAGAAGCCGCGCCCGCUCCGGCCGCCGAACUCUCAUCCUCGUCCUCGCUCCACACACUCCUAUCCCUCCCCUACCCCGUCCUCGCCGCCCGCUUCCUCCACGCCGCGCUCCAACUCAAGCAGAAGGCAACAUAUUACGUUGUGCACGAGAGUUGGGAGAUGCGGCAGCGAGCGGCGGGGGACUUCACGCUCUACACCGGCGCGCUUGGCACUGCGCUCCUGCUCUUCAGGGCCUAUUCGGUCACCGGAGACCGCGCCGACCUCGCCACCUGCGCCGAGAUCGUGGCCGCUUGCGACGCGGCGUCUGCACCUGCGGGCGAGGAGUUCGUGACGUUCAUAUGCGGACGGGCUGGGAUCUGUGCGCUCGGUGCGGUGGUGGCGAAGCACGCCGGAGACGUGGCCACCGUCGCGCGUUACCUGAACUCGUUUAAGCAGAUCAAAAUUUCUAGUAAAUUCCCUGAUGAGCUCUUAUAUGGAAAAACUGGAUAUUUGUGGGCCUGCUCCUUCCUAAACAAACACCUUGGUGAAAACACGAUACAGCCAACCACCACAGACAUGGUUGUGAGAGAGAUUAUCAAAGAUGGUAGAAGGUUGUCUACAAAAAGCUGCCCAUUGAUGUAUGAAUGGUAUGGUGAAAAAUAUUGGGGUGCUGCUCAUGGUCUUGCAGGGAUUAUGCAUGUUUUGCUAGACAUGGACUUGACAGAAAAUGACAAGGAAUACGUGAAGGGAACUUUGCGAUACAUGAUUCAGAACCGCUUGCCUAGUGGGAAUUACCCUUGCACCGAAGGUGAUAAUUAUGAUUGCCUUGUGCACUGGUGCCAUGGCGCUCCUGGUGUUUCCCUCACCUUAGCAAAGGCUUCUCAGGUGUUCCCAGAAGAGCGAUUUUUGGAGGCAGCGGCAGAUGCAGCUGAGGUCGUUUGGAAUCGGGGGCUUCUCAAAAGAGUUGGGAUAUGUCAUGGAAUAAGUGGGAAUGCCUACACAUUUCUGUCACUUUACCGCCUUACGAAGAAAAAGGAGUACCUCUACCGUGCUAAAGCUUUUGCUUGUUUUCUCCUUGACCGAGCUAUCAAGCUAAUUGCAGAAGGCAUCAUGCACGGUGGUGAUGAGCCAUAUUCGCUAUUUGAAGGACAAGCUGGAAUGGCAUAUCUGUUUCUAGACAUGAUUAACCCCCUUGAAUCUGGGUUUCCAGCUUAUGAACUUUGAACUGCACAUGCUCAGUUAUUCAAUGCCCUAACGCAUCAGUUUACAUGUAUGUCAAAUUAUAUUUGUAGAAACUGCAAACCAAAGGUAUGUUGUUGUUGUAAACUGCAAACCAAAGGGUGAAGUAACCCAAGGUAUGCGUUUGUGGGUAGACCUGUUUGGUGUUUUGCAUCAAAUCCUAAUUCUGUCGUCCUCUUGUGACGGCUCUAUCUGUUGCAUGGAGAAGACUUUUAUUUCUGCUGCAACAAGAACCGGGAUGCCGACAGCUUCACAUUGGUAACUCA